AAGAGUAAUAGAGCUCUAAGUGUGGUAGGCUUGUAGUUGUAGUUAUGGGGAAGAAGAGUACCAAACCAAAAAUUAUACCGUAUAGAUUACUGCAUAUAAAAUCUAGUAUUAGUCUAUUUGCAAAGUGUAUGUGCGUACUGCGUACAUAGAAUGGGAAAUACACAGCAGAGAGCCACCGAAAGCCCGGAAAAUCCCCAAGACGAUGAUGGGUCAGCCAUGACUUGUGAAAUCUGUAUUGAACCCAUUUGUUUACCCAACAAAAAGUUCAAGAAUCAAGAGAAGUGUGCUCACCCAUAUUGUGUAGAGUGUAUAGUGAAGUAUAUUCAAGUGAAAAUUGAUGAUAGGGUGUGUUUAAUCAAGUGCCCAGCUGUGAAUUGUGAGCACUUUCUGGACCCUCUUGCUUGUAGACUAGUUAUUGGGCAUCACCUGUUUGAUAAAUGGUGUGACUUGCUUUGUGAAUUUGCUGUUUUGGGGUUUGAUAGGUGUUAUUGUCCUAAUAGGGAUUGUUCUGUUUUGAUUGUGAAUGAGUGUGGUGGGUCUGUGAAGCAAAGUAAGUGUCCCAAGUGCAAGAAGUUGUUUUGCUUUUCGUGUAAAAUUGCGUGGCAUGCUGGGUAUAGGUGUGAAGAGGGUAGGGAGUUGAGGGAUAGGAAUGAUGUUGCUUUUGGCGUGCUUGCGGAGAGAAAGAAGUGGAAGAGGUGUCCAGUUUGUCACCAUUUUGUUGAGCUGAUCUCGGGUUGUUCCAUUGUUAAAUGCAGAUGCGGCACUGACUUUUGUUACAGCUGCGGGAAAAAAGUUAAUAGACAUUGGUGUAGUUGCCAGAGAUACUAUAGCCGCAAUGUUUUCUGCGUGUUUGUUCUGAUACUAAUACUAUUGUUCUUAAUCGGUAUGUUCUGCUUCUCGGCAGCUAAUACCACUACAUCUCAUUGGUAAACUCUGGCGUGGUGUAAAGGCCUUCUCACUCGAGCUCUUCUGGCAGAGCACCAAAUCAGUAUGUUAAUUAUAAUAUGUAUAUAUAGGUAAAGUCUUGCAUGGUGUAAAGCUCUCCUGGCUCCUCUCUAGCUCUGUCAGCAAAAAAUUGUUUAAGUAUCUUUAUGUAAGUAAGCUCUGAGCUAAUCUUAGCGUAAUCUGAAAUAAACUCUAGAGCACAUGAUAAACUUAUACGAGGUUUCGUCGUGCUCAAUUCCUUUAAAAGUAGUCUUGUACACUAAUUUCAAAUUAUCAAUAUCAUUCCGGUUCA